CCCACAAGGCGGUGCGGCCGCUCCCGGCGGCCCCGCGCGGCGGCGGGGAAGGAACGGCCUGGGGUGAGGGGGGACAGGCUUGUAAUCACCAUGGCAGCAGUGGAUCAUUUCUCCCUCUUGUACAGGGAAAUCAGUCGUUCCUGCAGUUUCUACAUGGAAGCCCUGGCUCUUGUUGGAGCUUGGUACACAGUCAGAAAGUGUGUGUCUCUGGCGUGUGGCACUUACAGCAUGCUGCGGUUGCACGUCAUCCCCAAGCUGGGCGGAGAGGUUGAUCUCGUCAGGCAGUAUGGACAAUGGGCUGUGGUCACUGGUAGCACGGAUGGCAUCGGGAAGGCGUACGCCCAAGAACUGGCAAAGCGGGGAGUCAACAUCAUCCUGGUCAGCAGGAACAAGGAGAAGCUGGAGGCCGUGUCCAGGAGCAUAUCUGAGACCUAUAACGUGGAGACAGAGUUCAUUGUAGCUGAUUUCAGCAAGGGGCGUGAGCCUUACCCAGCCAUUAAGGAGGCUCUGAAAGACAGAGAAAUUGGGAUUUUGGUGAAUAAUGUGGGAAUGUUUGCUGGCUACGCGGACUAUUAUACUGAUCUGUCUGAGGAUAUGCUGUGGGACACAAUCCAUACCAAUAUUGCUUCUGCUAACAUGAUGACACAUAUUGUGCUGCCAGGUAUGGUAAAGAAGAAGAAAGGGGCAAUUGUGAACAUUUCUUCUGUAUUCUGUAGUCAGCCGACACCACUGGUAACAACCUAUGGAGCCUCUAAAAUCUACUUGGACUAUUUCAGUAGAGCAAUACAUUAUGAGUAUGCCUCAAAAGGAAUUUUUGUUCAAAGUCUAACCCCAAGUACAAUUGCUACAAACAUGGUAGCAUUCAACAGCUGGUUGAACAAGAGAUCUUUCUUGUUUCCUUCUGCUGAGGAAUAUGCAAGUCAUGCUAUUUCUACUCUUGGGUUAUCCACAAGGACCUCUGGUUUCUGGAAGCAUGAAUUACUGUUCGCGCUGGCCGAGCGCCUGCCGGAGUGGAUGUGGGCACGGCUCGCCCUGUACCUCGGCGGGAUCGUACGCGAGCAAGCUCUGCGCCCCAAGUGAAACAGGGGCAUCCAGAUGUCCUGUGUGACGCGUGGUCAGUGAUCAGACUCUGAUCAGUGCUGCAGAGACUGUAAUGAACCCUGGAGGACUUCCUGUAACUUACCCAGACCUUGUUAAACAAGCUAUGUAACCUAGACAGCAGGAGUCUGGAUCCUUUCUGUAUCCUUGUAUUAAACAGCUCCUCUGGUGCUUUCCUCUGCAACAAAA